AUGCGUUCCAUGUCUGAACGUUGUGCCAAAGAACAUCCGUUCCACGUGUUGCCGACAAUUGUUGCACUAGCGAAUGCUUCAUCAGCCUCUGACAAUUUGGACACGCUUUCGGGCAGAACGAGGGAUUCCGUUUCUUCCGUUCCGGAAAAAGCCAAGUCAGAUUCGGAAGAAAGGGGUCGAAUCGCGGGAGCGAAUCAGUUGUUGGCUGAGCUACGAGCGUCGGAUCGGAUUAAGACACACGUUGACGAACUCCUCGACCUUUCCCGACGAUUGAUGCAACUGUCUCUUUACAAAUCUUCGGACAAAAAUAAUCUAGAAAUCCCACCAUCGUUUCUCCUGGACCAGCCGUACGCGUCAGUAGCAGUGCUCACGAACCACAUCCCUGUGAGCCGGUCUCGCAAGCGUUUGAGUACCCGGGAUGUUCCUACUGUUGCCCGUUACGAGGGUUCGUUUGCCUUUGUCGGGGGCAUCAAUGCCCCAAAAAAGAUCCUGUGUCGCGGUUCCGACGGAAGAGUGUAUGUGCAACUGCUCAAGGGCAAUGACGACAUGCGACAGGAUGCUGUCAUGCAGCAGGUUUUCAACGUUGUGAAUGCCCUGUUUGCCGAGUCUGAGAACCAGGAAAUCACCAGACUGAGACUGAGGACUUACAAAGUGGUUCCACUGUCCCCGAAAGGCGGAGUUCUCGAAUGGUGCAGCAAUGCAGAGCCGAUAUCUUUGUUUCUUGUGGGAUGGAAUUUAGGCGAAGGAGCUCAUACGCGGUUGCGUCCGCAAGAUGCCAGUGCUCGGGACUGUCGAAAAGACAUUUUGGACGUGGCAAAGAAGUCGUUUGAAGAAAGGCAUCUGGUGUUUAUGGAAGUGUGUCGGAAGAUUCAGCCAGUUUUUCGUUACUUCUUUUUUGAAAACUUUCGCAACCCGGGAAAAUGGUUCGAGCGACGACAAGCGUAUACGAAAAGCGUUGCGGUGUCGUCAAUUGUGGGCUACAUUCUUGGACUGGGCGAUCGCCACGUCAAUAACAUUCUAAUUGACAAAAGAACUGCUGAAGUAGUUCAUAUUGAUUUUGGAAUCGCAUUCGACAAAGGACAAACUUUGCCGACUCCGGAAACUGUGCCAUUUAGAUUGACGCGGGACAUUAUUGAUGGAAUGGGUGCCUUGGGUGUUUCUGGCACAUUUACCAAGUCUUGCGAAAGGGUCAUGCAAUCAUUGCGUGAUGCUGCUGGCGAAGUGAUCCUGACGGUUUUGGAAGUAUUUUUAUGGGACCCUUUGUAUGAUUGGGACGUUUCUGAGGAGAAACUCAUGAUGGUUCAAUCAGAAGACGCUGCUUCUCUUCAUACCUUGGAAAGGUCCAAAGGAAGGAAGUCCGGUAUUAAUGCACCCUCUACCAAGCAAGAUUUGAACAGAGCUGCAAAAGACAAGCUGUCGAAGGAAAAAGGAAGAAAGAAUGAAAUGGCGAGCCGAGCCUUGGCCACGGUUCGAGAAAAAUUGCAAGGCAUUGUUGAUGGUCAUCCGUUGUCAGUUCCUGGCCAAACUGCUUACCUCAUUCAACAAGCUCGUGAUUCUGGGAAUCUUUCUCGCCUAGGGGAGGCGAAAGAGUUCGAACGAUGUGAGCUUGCUCGAACACUGAGAUACACCUUUGGCUUCGAUAGAGAAACUCUGGGCGAUUGGGUUUGUCUGGUGAGAUGGGAAAGUUCUUUCGACACGAGCAAAAAGGGAGGACCAAACUCGAACGGAAGCUUUGAUCACGGAUUAUUCCAAAUCAACGAUGGCUAUUGGUGUUAUCCACCUCCGGAAUAUGCGGACUGCAACAUUGCUUGCGAUGAUUUGCGAGACGAUGACAUCACGGACGACAUAGAUUGCGUGCGCAUAAUUUUCAACCGACAUGGAUUUAUUGCCUGGCAUGGAUGGGAGAACUUCUGCAAUGGGACCGAUGUUGAGAACGAUUGGGUUGCUGAUUGUAACGUUGAUUAAGUAUAUGAUCACCAAUUCUUCAA